UCCCUAGCCAAGAUUGCAGAAACCCUUUUAUGCUUUUUUCUCAAACCUCGCAAGUCACAAUGGCGGCGAAUAACUAUUUCGGGUUUGCGGCAGGAAAUCCUCAAUAUGGGGCGGCAAGCGCAUAUUCUGCUAGCCAAACCUACACUGCUGCAGCGGCGGCAGCUGCUGCGGCUGCUGCUGCCCCACAGCAGCAAUUCACGCCCCAGCGUACUGGGCAGACCUACAGCACUUAUGACAGCCAUGGCACGACUGCGGCGGCAGCUUUCCAUUAUGCCGCUCCGAGGCAACAGACACCAUAUGACAAAAGCCAAGCAGCAGCAGCGGCAGCAUACUAUGGUCAAGGCCAGGUGAACACUGGCUACACUGCAGUUGCCACGACUGCCGACACCACCUCUUUUGGACAGCAGGCAUCUAAGGCAAACUUCACGAGUGCCUACCGUGCUCCGACUGGACCUCAGGGACAGGCUGGCCCCAAAGCUGGUGCAACCACUCCUCAGCAGCAGUCAGCCGGUGCGACCUACCUAUAUUCCUCAUCCGGCUAUGCUGCAGCGGCUGCGGCUGCAGCGACAGGUGGCUACGCUGGUAUGCAGAGCUCCGGCUAUCACUUUGCAUCUUCCACUCCAUUGACCGGCAGCCAGAACAACUCUAUCAGUGGCGGAGGACAGGCAGCUGCCCAGACAUACGGUGCCGGGGGUGGCAAUAAACCCCAGAAUACUGGCUGGACACCACCUUUCAAGCGAGGGGGUUUGGGCUUGGGAGCCAAAUUGGGAAAGCCAAAGCCACCUCCGAAGCCUCAGCAACUGCAUUAUUGUGAGGUGUGCAAGAUAUCGUGUGCCGGGCCACAGACAUACAAGGAACAUCUUGAAGGGCAAAAGCACAAGAAGAAAGAGGCUGCCCAAAAAGCUGGGACCAACAGCACUGCACCUGGCGCUCCAGGAGCCCCCAGGGGUGGCACAGCCCUACGAUGUGAGCUCUGUGAUGUGACAUGCACAGGGUCAGAUGCCUACGCUGCACACAUCCGUGGCGCCAAACAUCAGAAGGUAGUGAAACUUCAUACCAGACUGGGCAAGCCCAUCCCCCCAACAGAACCGGUUGUCAUAGCACCAGCCGGAGGGACCAAGGCAACCAGUGGAGCAGCUGGUGGUGACGCAACAGCCGCAGCACACAAGGCAGCUUCUGCGGAUGGUGCGGAAGGUGAAGACAAGGACGUAGAUGCGAAGGAUGGGGGAGAUGUUGCUGCGGACGUGCAACCCGUGGGACAGGAUUACAUAGAGGAGAUGCGUAACGACGAGGGCAAGGUGAUCAGCUUCCAGUGCAAGCUGUGCGAGUGCCGCUUCAAUGACCCCAAUGCCAAGGAGAUGCACAUGAAAGGAAGGAGGCAUCGCUUGCAGUACAAGAAAAAAGUCAACCCAGAGUUGGUAGUGGACAUCAAGCCGAGCCUGCGUCAGCGCAAGCUGCAGGAGGAACGCCUGCGGCGACAGCUGCGUGAUGACUUUUGGAAGCGCAGAGAAGAGGACAGAUGGCGUGACGAGAUGAGGAUGAUGGAGGAGGAAGAGCGUCUGUACUGGGAAGAACGGAGGAGAUUUGAAGAGGAGAUGGAAUGGUGCCGUUGGUACAGGCCUGGCCCUGGUAUGCCAGCCAUGCGUGCUCCAGGACCCCCCAUGCCUCCAGGCCCACCAAUGGGCAUGCCGAUGCCCAUGCCACGCCGUCCAGACUCCGUGGACGAUCGCCACGUCAUGGCCAAGCAUUCCCAGAUCUAUCCGAAAGAAGAAGACCUGAGCAGGGUUCAAAAAAUAGUCACUCACACUGAGAAGGCUCUCAAGUUGGUGUCCGACACACUGGCAGAAAGCAACGAGGCCAAGCCCGAGACAAAGCCUGCUGUGAAAGAUGAAAGCAAGGAAGAGAAAAAGCCCGAAGAAAAGAAGCAGAAUGGAGAGGACACGAGCAACCAACAGCGCCUCCUUAAGGGUGUGAUGCGUGUCGGGGUGUUGGCCAAGGGCUUGCUUCUUUCUGGUGACCUGUGUGUUGGACUAGUGGUGAUGUGUUCGGAGAAGCCCACUCGGACCCUCUUGUCGCAGGUUUCAACUCUACUCACCAAGCAGAUAGCCACCGUUGCUCCCGAUGACAAGUACGAGGUCCGUCCCAAUGCACCGGAUGCCUCCGUGGUGGUGUCCACAGCCUCUGAACCUAAAGUGACGGUCAGGGUGACCCUCACCUCCUCUGUCAUGCGGGAGACUGCAACAACCGGUGACAGCAGUGCUGACAGUGUAAAAGACCCGCCGGAUGUUCUGGCCAGGCAGAAAUGCCUGCAAGCUCUAGCCGCCUUGCGACAUGCCAAGUGGUUUCAGGCCAGAGCGAGUAGUCUUCAGUCGUGCGUAAUGGUCAUACGUAUCUUGAGAGACCUGUGCCAAAGAGUUCCAACGUGGGGAACGCUUGAUCCAUGGGCUCUUGAGUUGCUUGUGGAAAAAGUUCUGAGCAGUGGUGGCAAGCCCAUGGGUCCAGGGGAUGCAUUGCGAAGGGUUCUGGAAGCUAUUGCUGGCGGCAUCCUUAUGCAAGGAGGCCCAGGGCUGAUGGACCCAUGCGAAAAAGAUCCGGUUGAUGCCCUUGCUGGCUUGUCAGCUCAAGCGAGAGAAGAUAUCACUGCUAGUGCACAGCACGCAUUGCGUUUGGUGGCAUUCCGUCAGAUUCAUAAGGUGCUUGGCAUGGACCCUCUGCCACCUCCCAAGUUUUCCCGCAACCCCCUGAACCGAAAACGUCGCCGUGACGCCUCUAGUGGGGAAGGCGACGUUGCAGACGGUGGAGAUGGUAAGAAAGACAAGAAGGAAGAGGAGACUAAGGCAGCCACGGAAAACACUGCACCCGCGGUUGCAGUCAAGGCUUGAGGAAGCAUGUGAAGCUAGUUGAUGGCCCGUGUCCUUUUGCAACUUAUUGCCCCUCACUCUAUCCAGAACAAGAGGAUAUGUUACGAAACAACAGUGUUUAUGGACAGUUCGUUUUCAUUCGCGUUUUUCUUUUUUCACCGCCAUUCCUUGGUCUCACCAGCUGUAGAGGUCGAGUACGACACACACACUGUACCGACUUGUCAGAGUUCUUCCCAAGAGCUUUGAGGUUGUCUACUUUUGGUUUCCGGUCAUUGCAAGGCAGGACAUAAGUAGCCCCACCGCUUGAAACCCAUUUCUGUGCCACAGAAUUCAUCGUCAUGUCAGACAAUGCAAAGAAGCACCCACACUUCAUCACAUUGUUUCUUACUUGUGGAAACCAAAAGGAGUUGCAUGUAUGUUACUUUCAUUCCCUGUGACAGUGUAGUAUCACAUUUUUGCCAAUCAUGGUAGUCACUACAAAGCACACUGUUGCAAACGAAGCAUUGAGGGUUCGGAGAAAGUGCGUGAUAUCUGAAACUUUCACAGUUUGCAAAGGAUCAGAACUGCACAAGGGUUCGGUAGUGUGGAAGGAAGGCACAUUUUGGCCGCAUGAAUAUGUGCCACGACUUUGUGCUAUCCCUGUGAGGGAAGUGGAUUUUUUUUUUUUUUUAAGGCACAGAUAGCAUUUCUUCAUUGUGCAUCCUUGUGUGUGUAAUCUUAUGCUGGCAUGUAGUGUAUUACCCUUUGCUGUAUUGAGCUUUUUGUACCCCACCCUUACUGAAAAGCUGCAGGUUGGCACAUUGGGGGACGUAGAACAUGCCUGCCACAAAUUUGGAGCACCCUGUAGUAUGCAUAUAAUUAAAAGCAGCAGUGAGGAACUAA